CACAACGUCACUGCCAUGGUUGGAGCUGGUGUCCUGAGUCUCCCUUAUGCCAUGGCACAUCUUGGAUGGGGUCCUGGUGUGGUAAUAUUGAUACUGUCGUGGAUCAUCACUCUGUACACCCUGUGGCAAAUGGUGGAGAUGCACGAGAUGGUCCCCGGGAAGCGGUUUGACAGGUACCACGAGCUUGGUCAGUACGCAUUCGGCGAGAAGCUCGGCCUCUAUAUCGUGGUCCCUCAGCAGCUGGUUGUUGAGGUCGGCGUCGACAUCGUGUACAUGGUCACUGGAGGGAAAUCGCUGCAGAAGAUUUACAACUUGGCCCAACCGAAUGGCAAAUAUAUCAAGACGUCAUAUUUCAUCAUGAUCUUCGCUUCGGCUCAGUUUGUUCUCGCUCAUCUCCCAAAUUUUAACUCCAUAUCCAUGGUUUCUUUGGCAGCAGCCGUCAUGUCCUUAAGCUACUCUAUUAUUGCCUCGGGGGCCUCCAUCAGUAAGGGGGUCGAACAUAACGUCGACUAUGGCCCUCCCUCCUCCACCACCCCUGGAAAGGUAUUCGGCUUCCUCACUGCCCUAGGCGAUGUUGCAUUCGCAUAUGCAGGCCACAAUGUGGUGUUGGAGAUCCAAGCCACCCUCCCUUCAACCCCAGAGAAGCCAUCCAAGGGCCCAAUGUGGAAAGGAGUGGUGUUCGCCUACAUUGUCGUGGCGCUGUGUUACUUUCCUGUUGCACUGAUUGGGUACUGGGUGUUCGGGAAUAAGGUCAAGGACAAUAUUCUCAUUUCGCUUGAAAAGCCCACAUGGUUGAUCAUCGUGGCCAAUGCAUUCGUCGUCAUCCACGUCAUUGGUAGCUAUCAGCUCUAUGCAAUGCCAGUGUUUGACAUGAUAGAGACUGUCCUGGUGAAGAAACUCCACUUCAAGCCCUCAAGGAUGCUCCGUUUCGUAUCACGUAAUACAUACGUGGCUUUCACCAUGUUUGUGGGCAUUACCUUCCCUUUCUUCGGAGGUCUCCUGGGAUUCUUCGGAGGAUUCGCUUUUGCCCCAACAACAUAUUUCCUACCAUGCGUCAUGUGGCUGGCUAUCUACAAGCCCAGAAGGUUUAGUCUGUCCUGGUACGCCAACUGGAUAUGCAUCGUGUUGGGUGUCCUCCUGGUGGUUCUAGCACCGAUCGGGGCGCUAAGGUCGAUCAUAAUAAGUGCAAAGACCUACAAAUUCUACUCUUAGGAAGGAAGCUCCACCAACUGAAGACUUGUCUUUGUAGUUCGCACAUAUCAAGUUUCUCUCCCGUUCUAGUAUAAUGUUUAUUUGCAAGUCACCCAGUUCGAGAUAUCUUUGAACAUGACUAUAUUGCUGCUUCUUUUCCAUCCGUCCAUAAAUUCAAUAAAUGGC